AUGUAUGUUCGAUUCGAUAUGUUACUAACUUUUAUGCGUAAUUUGUUUUGGAUUCUUGAAAUUACAGGGAGUGCUCUAGGGGUGAUUGUUCUUUUAUUGGCUGUGUGCGUACUUUACUUGGAGCUCAAGCGACGAAGAGCCAACAAAGCUAAGGAAGAGUACUUUCAUCGGAAUGGUGGCAUGAUGUUGCUUGAAAAACUAGCCCACAGAGAAAGAUCACAAGACAUGGUGAAGAUCUUCACUUCGAUUCAUCUGCAAAAGGCGACGAACGGCUUCAAUAACGACAUGAUAAUCGGCCAAGGCGGAUUCGGCACUGUGUACAAAGGUCUCCUAUCAGACAACACUGUAGUUGCUAUAAAAAGGUCCAAAAGAGUCGACCCGAACCAAACCGAGCAGUUCAUAAACGAGGUGCUUGUUCUUUCUCAAGUCAACCACAGGAAUGUGGUCAGGCUACUAGGUUGUUGCUUCGAAACAGAAGUACCCCUUCUCGUUUACGAAUUCGUAGACAACGGCACACUUUCUUCGCACCUGCACAAUCAAUUCAAGGCCCGUUAUCUUAAUUGGGAGACUCGUUUAAGGAUAGCUGCAGAAACUGCAGGGGUGCUCUCGUACUUACACUCUUCGGCUGCUACUCCGAUCAUACAUAGAGAUGUGAAGUCGGAUAAUAUUCUGUUAGACCAUACUUUCACUGCUAAAGUAGCCGAUUUUGGAGCUUCGAGAUUAGUUCCUAUAGAUCACACUCAGCUGUCUACUAUGGUGCAAGGCACAUUCGGAUAUCUUGAUCCCGAAUAUCUUCAAACGAACCAAUUGACCGAGAAAAGCGAUGUUUAUAGUUUCGGAGUAGUCUUGUUGGAGCUAAUAACCAGUAGACAGGCUAUAAGUUUCGACAAACCGGAGGUGGAGAAGAAUUUGUCGUACUUUUUUCUUUCGUUGCUAAAGCAAGAUCGAAUACUCGAAAUUGUUGAUGAUAGUAUUGUGGGAGAUAAUUACGAGCAGAUAAUGGAAGUCGCGAAGAUUGCAAAAGAGUGCUUGUAUGUGAGAGGUGAAGAUAGGCCUAGUAUGAAAGAGGUGGCUAUGGAGUUGGAAGGUUUGAGGCUCGCCGGAAAACGACACUACUCGUCGGCCCGGAAAGAGCAAAACGUAGAGGAAACGGAAUACUUGCUUGGUGAGCAGAGCAGCGUUAAUAGCGCGAGCGUUGGAUACGAUAGCAUUAAUAUGGUUCAUGUUGCUCUGCCUACAUUGGGUGGAGGGAGAUAG